AUGUUCAGACCAAUUGCACGAUAUGCUACCAGAUCGAUAUCCUCUCGUCCUCUAGUGCCUACUCGAGCUAUAAUACUCACUCGCCCUCUCUCCCUCACAGCCUCACUCAGCAAGAAUAAAGAUCCUGCAAAUGAUCCUCACCUCGCGGCCACCACCAAAGCCCCAGAAGGAGCUUCGGGUGAAAAUGAAGGCCAAUUCGCUCGCACCGAUCAAAGCGUGCAUAUAGAAUAUCCCCCCGACAGCGAAAUGCCCGCGCAACCCGUCGCCCAAGGCCGAGGUGGCAUGCAUUUCAAGCGCACCCUCGCCCAAUUCUCCCUCGAGAAGAAAGUCAGUAUCGUCACCGGCGGAGCUCGCGGGCUGGGUCUAGUCAUGGCUCAAGCACUCGUUGCGUCGGGAUCUGAUCUCGCAAUCAUCGAUCUAAACAAAGAUGAAGCCGACACCGCGGCUGCCUCGUUGGUCGAGCAGUUCCGAAAAGAGAACCCUGGACUCGAAGACAUGCCGAACGUAACAGCACAUUACGCGGACGUUGCAAGCCCAGACUCGGUCAGCAACGCGCUUUCCGAAGUCCUCUCGAAACACGGCCAAAUUGAUAACCUAGUGACGUCUGCUGGCUUUACUGAGAACUUUGACGCAAUCAACUACCCUUUUGACCGCAUGCAGAAGCUCUGGGGUGUCAAUGUCGACGGCACAUACCUCUUCGCCACGGGUGUCGCGAAACACCUCAUGGAGCGCAAAGCGCCUGGAAGCAUUGUCAUGAUCGGCUCUAUGUCCGGCGCUAUCGUGAAUGUCCCUCAGCCCCAGGCUCCUUACAACGCGGCGAAGGCUGCAGUGAGGCAUCUGGCUGCUUCGCUGGCUGUCGAGUGGGCGGGUCACGAUAUUCGCGUCAACUGCAUUAGUCCUGGAUAUAUGCUGACUGCUCUUACUCGCAAAAUCCUAGAUGAGAAUCCCCAAUUGCGGGAUCACUGGACUUCCUUGAUUCCGGCUGGCAAGAUGGGUACUCCUGAAGAUUUGAUGGGGGCUGUCACUUUCUUGCUCAGUGAUGCUUCCAAGUAUAUUACUGGAGCUGAUCUCCGCGUGGAUGGUGGAUACACCGUGACCUAG